AUGUCUCUCACGCUCAAGGUCACAUCACUGUUCGUCAGAACGCUUGCGAAGCCUGUAGCAAAUGCCAUCAAACGCAAUGCCCACGAACACGAUCGCUUCCGCCGGAUAUGCGUCAAAUUCGCCCAAGGUUUGCAUCGCGUCGAUAUGCGCAUGCGCCUCGGCCUCCUCCAGGACCCGGCUGUUAUCGACAGACAGAUUAAGAAGGAAGUCCAAUUAGCAGAGGCUGCGCGGAAAAAAGCAGCCGCCCCAACGGUUCUUACUGAAGAGGAGAUGAAGGCGGAGGAGGCGCUCACGGAGAAGGAACGAGAAGCUAUCAAGAAGAAGACUGAAGAGAGAAUCAAGCCCCGUAUUCGACCUCUAUCCGAACAAAAAGCCAUCGAGAUGGGCGCCAACUUCGCUGCCGAGACAUUUAUAUUUGCUGUUGGAAUCGCUGUAAUUCUUGUCGAGCAAUGGCGACAAAGAAGGAAGGCACGCAAUGCCAGAGACGAUAUAAGAGAAGACUUGGAGGAGGUGCAGGCUGAGCUCAAAGCAGUCAAGGCAGAAUUUGAGGAGUUCAAGGCGAAGCACCCGGAGCCUGCUUCCUCAAAGAUACUAGGGUUCUUCACGGGCAGUGGAAAGAAGGAAGACAAAAAGCCUGAAGCAGUGAGCGCCGAAGCGAAGCCAGUAUCUGUCGAGGCUCAACGCGAUGCCACCCAAUCGACAAAUGCUACAUCCGCAAUGCAAGAGCAGUCGUCAGCCGAUAAGCCCUCACAACAUAAGGAUCUAGGGAUGCUCGACUCAUGGUUAUACCAUGUCAUCCCCCAUUGCCUCGGAGACUCACAUCUGCUUACCCUCGGUAUGGGUCUUCUGUACCACACCAGCGAUACUGCGCCUUGUCCCGACGAGAAAGAGCAGCCCAUCAUCGAAAGCGGAGAAAUGCGCUCCAUGAACGUUGUCGCCCCUGCUCAACUAGACGGUGGAGCGGACUACUAUCCGCAAGCGUUCAACAACAGAACCAUCCCCUCUCAGCAACGUCACCACCCCCAAUUCCCUCGCCAAGCUCAGAACGCGCCUUCCGUCCCGCCACCGCCGCCACGCCAACCAUCCCGCAUCCUUGGCAAUGCAGUCAACGACCUGCUCCCUUACUGCACAACCGAGCCACCUCUGAGCCAAGCGCAAGUCAUCGCUCUGAGCGACGUUGUGGGCAGUCUAAAGGAACUCGUCGUACUGGCUCUAGGUGCUGCUUCUGGUGUUCCGGGGAGUAUGGAGAAGCUGGAAGGUGCGGUGGGCUCGCAGGCCGCAGUGAACAUUGUGGAGUUCCUUGCCGACGAAUGGGAGAUUGAGGGUUGA